CACUCUCUCUCUCUCUCUCGUAUUACCUUUCCUCUUCCUCUUUCCUUUUUAUUUUCAAUAUACGCGCCCCUCUUCCCUCUUGUCCACGUUUAUUAACAACUCCUUCCCCAUCCCCACCUCCACGCUACUCCACAACCUGAACUGUUUCCUCUUCAACACAAUUGAACAAUGGGUAUUUCGGGGUUCAUACAAACUGUCAAAUCUGUGCAUGAGCCAAUGCACAUUAAAGAAUACGCCGGCAAGGUAGUGGCUGUCGAUGGCAACGUGUGGCUACACAAGGGUGCGUUCUCCUGCUCAAUGGAACUUGCGUUAGAAGAAGCAACGACAAAAUACAUCGACUACUUUAUGCGGCUAGUGAGUCUGCUGGAGUUCUACAAGGUGGUCCCAUACAUUGUGUUUGACGGCCAAGCACUGCCGAUCAAAGGCGCGACGGUUGAGGAGAGACGCCGACGUCGAACAGAAGCACUGGCCAAGGGCAAAGAACUACUGAAGCAAGGCAAGCAGCGAGAAGCAACGGAAUGUUUCCAGCACUCCAUCCAUGUAACACCACACAUGAUUCAGCAAGUUGUCAAGGCGUUGAAUGCCAAAAAGAUCAAGCACAUCGUUGCGCCCUACGAAGCCGAUGCUCAGCUCACGCACCUCAUCAACACCAACAAAGUCGACGCGGUGAUCACCGAAGACUCGGACCUGCUUGUCUUUGGCUGUCACACGGUGCUCUUCAAGAUGAACCAGUACGGCGAGGGCAUCCGCAUCCAGCAAGGAAACCUGUCGGCAGCAAAGGAGAUUGACCUCCAAGGGUGGGACCAGACCAGAAUCCGACACAUGUGCAUUCUUUCAGGAUGCGAUUACCUCGCCUCGCUGCCUGGCAUUGGUCUGAAGAGCGCCCACAAGCUACUGAAAAAGUAUAGAACCACCGAUGCGGUGUUGCGCCAUCUUCGCUUCCAGGGGAAAAUGAAACAGGUUCCUGACUAUGAGCAUCUCUUUAAGCGAGCCAACAACGCGUUCCUCUACCAGUACGUGUACGACGACAAUGUAAAGCGACGCAUCACACUACAUACCCCUCCCGCCGAUGUCCAACCGGACAAGCUGGAUUAUCUGGGCAACAACACCACUGCAUCAUCUGGCGCCAACCCACAGCAAAUUCAUGACCACAGUCUCAGUAACAAAGAGAAUAUACCGCCAUGGGCACAUUUCGACAACAAACAGUCAUCCACCGCGUCUCAGCACAAGCCAGAGGCAUCACAACCCACCAGUAGCGGCGGCUUACGUGCAUCCAACGACAAUGCUUUACGACCCUUGCGGACACCAAAACGACUCUCUCCACUUUCACCUUCAAAACCACCGACACCACUACCACAACAACAACAACGAACCAUCACAGCCAAGGAGCUAUUCAAAGUUUUUAAUCAUCGCCAAAAGCAGUCGUCAUCUGCAACUAAAAUCCAGACACAUGGUGAUCUUGCAUCUGCGUUCCAACGCCAACGGGAUCGAAACGCACUGUCAUCCUUUAACAACAACAAUAAUAAUACGCAUAAUAUCAAAUACAACGACGAAAAUGCAAAGACAAUCUCAAUGCCCUUGAAAACGAUCGGCACGAAACGUAAGAAUGAUUGUCAGAUACCCGAUGCAAGGACCAACAAACGACGAACUCCACUAAAGUUUGUAUACACGCCACAAUAACAGCAACGAUCCUCACUAAUCAGUUCACAUCGAUUACAUUUGGUUUGACAGAGGCUGCUUAGAAUAUAAUUGAAUCAGCAACAGUCGAUUUUUUUUAUCA